AUGUCUUCCCUACUAGUCUUGGGAUUAUAUUUUCUUUUCCAAGUAUUUGCUGUUUUUGGAAAUAUCUGGUUGAGUUGGUGGUCAGAAGAUAGGUUGGCUGAUAAAAGCCCAAAAGCAAAUGGGACUGAACCUGAGAGUAAAUUGGAUAUCUAUCUUGGAGUGUAUGGAGGUCUUGGCAUUGCGCAAGCUCUUUCUGUAUUGGCUUAUUCCAUCUUGGCAUCUUUCUCUCUACUGAAAGGCGCUAAAUGUCUUCAGGAGGACAUGCUUGGCAAUGUUUUGCACUGUCCAAUGAAUUUCUUUGACACAACCCCACUUGGACGUAUCCUCAAUCGUUUCUCAAAAGAUGUUGAUACAAUUGAUAAUACAUUGCCUCUUGCCAUUCGACAGAUUAUUGCCACUCUGUUCCUCGUCAUGAGCACAUUGUUUACUAUCAGCUACACCACACCUAUAUUUAUGUCCAUCAUAGUCCCAAUUGCAGUGUUAUACUAUGUGAUCCAAAAUUAUUAUUUGCCAACUUCCAGGCAGCUAAAACGGAUAGAAUCUGUAACUCGAUCACCAAUUUACAGUAUGUUUAGUGAAACACUUGCUGGAGCUGCAAGUAUCCGAGCAUAUGGCGUUCAGAAAGAAUUCCAACAGAAACUUGAAAAUAUGGUGGAUAAUAAUUUAACUUCCUUCAGCAUGUCACUAGCAGCAAAUCGGUGGUUAGGUGUAAGACUUGAAACCCUUGGGAACCUCAUUGUCUUUGCUGCUGCUCUCUUUGCUGUGUCCAACCGUGAUACAAUGACCCCAGGAAGUGUGGGACUGUCUCUUAGUUAUGCUCUAAAUGUAACAUUUUUCCUGUCUUGGUUUGUCCGAAACAGAAGUGAAGUUGAGACAAAUAUUGUUGGUGUGGAAAGAAUCAGUGAAUAUUGCAAGCUAGAAAAUGAAGCAAAUUGGUACAAAGAGAAUCAUCCCGACAAUUCAUGGCCCUCAAAAGGAAACAUUACUUUUGACAAUUACCAGCUACGAUAUCGUCCAGAGUUAGAUCUUGUGCUUAAGGGCAUUUCAUGCAGUAUCAAUGGUGGGGAGAAGAUUGGUAUUGUUGGUCGUACAGGAGCCGGAAAAUCGUCAUUAACUGUUUCCCUAUUCCGGCUUAUUGAAAGUGCUGGUGGAAAUAUCAUCAUUGAUGGUCAAAAUAUCUCAGAGUUGGGACUGCAUGAUCUUCGGUCAAAACUAACAAUUUUACCCCAGGAACCAAUAAUCUUUUCUGGUGCACUUCGUAAUAACUUGGAUCCAUUGGAACAGUUUGCAGAUGAGGAUCUUUGGUCAGCACUGGAACUUUCUCAUUUAAAGACUUUUGUCAAAGAUCUGAAUAAACAACUUGACUAUGAAUGUGGAGAAAAUGGUGGAAACCUGAGUGUUGGUCAGCGCCAAUUAAUAUGCUUGGCAAGAAGCAUCCUACACAAGACAAAAAUCCUCAUUCUGGAUGAGGCCACCGCUGCAGUUGAUAUGGAAACAGACCAGCUAAUCCAACACACAAUCCGAACACAAUUUAAGGACACUACCAUUUUAACCAUUGCCCAUCGCCUUAAUACCAUUAUGGAUUAUGACAGGAUUUUGGUUCUUGAUAAAGGACUCCUAAAAGAAUUUGAUUCACCAGAAGCAUUGCUGAAGAACAAAGAGUCUUUAUUUUAUGGAAUGGCCAAAACUGCAGGACUUGUUUAA